AUGUCUUUAAGAGCAAUAGGUUCUGGUUGGUUAUUGAUACUAUUAACGGUGGUGGUGAUUUGGGUUUCGCCGGCAGGAGCUGGAAACGUCGGAUGUAAUUGUGAAGACGAAGGAGGAAGUUUCUGGAGUACAGAGAACAUUUUAGAGACACAAAGAGUUAGUGAUUUCUUAAUCGCAGUUGCUUAUUUCUCAAUCCCAAUCGAAUUACUUUACUUUGUGAGCUGUUCAAACUUCCCAUUCAAAUGGGUACUCUUCGAAUUCAUCGCCUUCAUUGUUCUCUGUGGUAUGACUCAUCUCCUUCAUGGUUGGACUUAUGGUCCUCACCCUUUCAAGCUCAUGAUGGCCUUGACCGUUUUCAAGUUGCUUACCGCUCUUGUCUCUUGCGCUACUGCCAUUACUCUCAUCACUCUGUUUCCUCUACUUUUGAAAGUUAAAGUUAGGGAAUUUAUGCUUAAGAAGAAAGCUCAUGAGCUUGGACGUGAAGUUGGACUCAUUAUGAUUCAGAAAGAGACUGGCUUUCAUGUUCGUAUGCUUACUCAAGAGAUUCGUAAGUCUUUGGAUCGCCAUACGAUUCUCUAUACUACUUUGGUUGAGCUUUCCAAGACUUUGGGGUUGCAGAAUUGCGCGGUUUGGAUGGAGAAUGAUGGUAAAACAGAGAUGAAUCUGACUCAUGAGCUGAGAGGGAGGGCUGGUUAUGGUUAUUCGGUUUCGAUGGAGGAUUCGGAUGUUGUGAGGGUUAGAGAGAGCGAUGAAGUGAAUGUAUUGAGUGUGGACUCGUUGAUUGCUCGAGCUAGCGGUGGAGAUGUUAGUGAGAUUGGACCCGUGGCUGCUAUCAGAAUGCCGAUGCUUCGUGUGUCGGAUUUUAAAGGAGGGACGCCGGAGUUGAUUCAGACAUGUUAUGCGGUACUUGUCUGCGUGUUACCGAGCGGGCAGCCUCGGGAGUGGAAUUAUCAGGAGACUGAGAUUGUCAAGGUUGUGGCUGAUCAAGUAGCGGUUGCGUUGUCUCACGCAGCGGUUCUUGAGGAAUCUCAGCUAAUGAGGGAGAAGCUGGCGGAACAGAACAGGGCGUUACAGAUGGCGAAGCGGGACGCGAUGAGGGCGAGCCAAGCAAGGAAUGCUUUACAGAAAACGAUGAGUGAAGGGCUGAGACGUCCGAUGCACUCAGUACUCGGGCUUUUAUCGAUGAUUCAGGACGAGAAUUUGAGUGACGAGCAGAAGAUGAUUGUAGAUACGAUGGUGAAAACGGGAAAUGUUAUGUCGAAUUUGGUUGGGGACGCGAUGGAUGUGUCGGAUGGUAGAUUUGUAACAGAGAUGAAACCGUUUAGUCUGCAUCGUACUAUCCGGGAAGCAGCUUGUUUGGCUAGAUGUUUGUGUCUGUACAACGGGUUUCGGUUUUCUGUUGAUGCAGAGAAGUCUUUGCCGGAUAAUGUGAUAGGCGACGAAAGAAGAGUCUUUCAGGUGAUACUUCACAUGGUUGGUAGUUUAGUAAAGCCUAGAAAACCUCAAGAAGGAUCGUCGGUGAUGUUUAAAGUUUUGAAAGAAAGAGGAAGCUUGGAUAGGAAGGAUCAAAGAUGGGCUGCUUGGAGAUCACCGGCUUCUUCAGCAGAUGGAGAUGUGUACAUAAGAUUCGAAAUGAAUGUAGAGAAUGAUGAUUCAAGCUCUCAAUCAUUUGCCUCUGAUUCGUCAAGAGAUCAAGAAGUUGGUGAUAUGAGAUACUCGAGCUAUGGGUUAGGACAAGAUCUAAGCUUUGGUGUUUGCAAGAAAGUGGUGCAGUUGAUUCAAGGAAAUAUCUCGGUGGUCCCUGGCUUAGACGGUUCACCAGAAACCAUGUCGUUGCUCCUCAGGUUUCGACGCCGACUCUCCAUUUCAAUCCAUGGAUCGGGCGAGUCGCCAGCUCCCGACCACCACACUCACCCUCAUUCAAGUUCUCUAUUACGUGGCUUGCAAGUUUUAUUGGUAGACACCAACGAUUCGAACCGAGCCGUUACACGUAAACUUUUAGAAAAACUCGGAUGCAGCGUAACCGCGGUAUCCUCUGGAUUUGAUUGCCUCACCGCCAUUGCUCCCAGCUCGUCCUCCUCUUCGUCGUCGUUCCAAGUGGUGGUGCUUGAUCUCCAGAUGGCAGAGAUGGACGGCUAUGAAGUGGCUUUGAGGAUCAGGAGCAGAUCUUGGCCGUUGAUUGUGGCAAUGACGGUGAGCUUGGACGAAGAAAUGUGGGACAAGUGUGUACAAAUUGGAAUCAAUGGAGUUGUGAGAAAGCCAGUGGUGUUGAGAGCUAUGGAGAGUGAGCUCCGGAGAGUAUUGUUGCAAGCUGAUCAACUUCUCUAG